AUGAAGAGCCUGUUCGUCUGCCUGCUGCUGGCCCUGGCCGGUCAAUCGCUUGCUCAGAGCGAAAAUGAGUUCAUCCAGUACCUGCUCGACAUCCAGACCCAGGCCGAAGAGGCCCAUGAUGUCAUGGAGAGCGCGUUCAACAAUCUUCGCUUCCGAUUGAGCGAGGAACUGGUUCAAUUGAACGAACAGCUGAUUUCCCGCAUGAACAGCGCCCUUCAGGAGAUCCAGGAUGUCCGUGAGGACACCGAGGACUUUGUCGGUGAAUCGGCGGCUCCGGCUAGCUGCGUUGACGUGGCCGUCGCUAACUGGGCCGUUGAGAUCGACUUAGUUGGAGAGGCUCUGUCGCGCUGCGCCAGCCGCGCCAAUGUUGAGAUCACCUCCCGUACGGCCGAGGUCCACGCCGCUCUCGAGAAUGCCCAGAUCGAAUCGACCGAGCUCCAGAACAUCGUUGUCCGUGGUUUCAUCGACUGGAACGCCAUCGACUUCACCGAGGAGCUAGCGGAUGUUGUUGGCGCUCAGAUCGAGAACCGACUGGAUUACUUCACCAGAAUCACUCAGCCCGAUAUGGAGCGCAUCCUGCAGGGAGUCUCCGAUCUGGACGACAACCUGCUGCCGGAGAUCGUGACUUGCGUCGAGCGUGGUGUGGAGCGUUUCAGCAACUACGGCCAAGUCAUCCGCGACACGUUGUUCUUCUGUGCGCAAUAA